GUUCAUGGGUAGGCAAACAUGGAAGAUGGCGUAUGAGUCACCAGAAAAUCAACAACCUGGUGCUCCAUUUGAAUGUCUCAGUAUUCCAAUUGUGCUAAAAAAGGUACCUCUACAGAAUUCCGAUGGGACCACAACAUUGAAAUGCGGGUUUCGGAUAGGAGGCGGCAUCGACCAAGACUAUAAGAAGAGUCCACAUGGGUAUAAAGAUAAUGGCGUCUACGUCACGUACGUCCAAGAGGACAGCCCAGCGGCGGGGGCCGGUUUACAAACUCAUGAUAAAAUAUUGCAGGUAAACGGUUAUGACUUCACCAUGGUCACGCAUAAGAAGGCGGUGGAAUACAUUCAGAAGUUUGAUAUCCUAAACAUGCUAGUAACGCGACCAGGAGUCCCACCACUACAGUAGCACCAUCUGGCAGCAGACUUUUGUAACGUUUGGGCACUGACUAAAAAUACCUAUGUUAUUUUUUGUCAGUGAUUUGGGUAAACAAAGUUGUUGUGCAUAUUUACUUGAAUAUAGAAAAAGAUUAGCAAGCGAAAUUUAUUGGCAUGCACAUUACUUGGUGUAUAUUGCAUGUUCAAAGUUAAAAUGUAUUUUAUAAUUAUUGAAUAUCUAACAUUUUACUUAAUGUAGCGAAUCGAUGUGGAAGUUGUGAUCACUGUUUAUAAUCGUAAUUUUGUUAGGUGUAAAAUAUUAAUCGUACAGCUGAUAGCUUGUGAGCCUGUAGCUGCCUUGUAGCUUGCUAUAGCCAUGCCAACAGAUAUAAGUGGCUGUACGGUAUUGGAACCAAGCGCCUGGGUCUGUAAAUGAAAGUGGACCAAUUUGUUUUGUUACAGAGUAUUUUUCUGUCCCCUGGAUUUGAUAUAUUGUUGUCAUCAGUGUACGUUUAUUACGUAUCGGUGCACGGCUUUGCUGAAUAUCCACGCGUACGUGUUUUGCCCAUUUUAGGUGGUCAUGGUGCCUUGUGGAGGUUGUAUCUUGUUUAUAUUAUAGACACUUUCGAAAAAAAAUCGAGGCAAAAUCAAAUGAUAACUUUGGCAAUUCACUGUGAGCUCAACCAGCAAGGCUCUGCUGCCCCUUUUCAUAAUAAUAUUAAUUAAUAUGUACUUGUUUUUAUAUCAGGCCUAAUGUUGUAGGCCUAAAUCGCACGCGAAUCGUUCUAAAAAAAUAAUGCUUACAAAUAUGGUAUGCUUCAGUUUGUCAAUGUAUGACUCUGCAGUGAAAUUUUCGAUGGAUUCUUGUAAAUUGAGAUUAUUUAUUUUGAGCAAUCCGUGUUGUGCCCAUGCCAUGUAACCACGCACAGAGACAGCUAGAGCUGUGGCGACCAGACGAUAAGCCAUCUGUGCUGUGGCGGAUGCAGAAUCGAAAUGCGAAUCAUUA